CACAGCAUGGACAGCAACACUUUUGGACCUGGAUAUAAAACGCAACAGCCAUGUCUGAGGGACCGAGGAAGCCAAAGUACUCUGCAACGCGCCGGCUGCUGCUAAAGACCAAACUGCUGAAGAAGGCAGCGGACAUGCUGGUGGCUGAGGAGGAGAAGAGGAAGACGGAGCGAGAAAACACACUGAAUGAGCGGGUCCCCCCUCUGAGACUGUCGGGGCUCUCCGUGCAGGAGCUGCAGAAUCUGUGUAGAGAGCUGCACCAAAAGAUUGAUGUUGUAGAUGAAGCACGGUAUGAUAUUGAAACUAAAGUGGCCAAAAAUGAAAAAGAGAUUGAAUAUCUCAACCACAAGAUCUUUGAGCUGAAGGGAAAAAUGAAGCGGCCCAACCUAAAGAGAGUGAAGAAGUCGGCCGACGAUAUGCUGGGUGCUAUAGCUGACACCAAACUCACGAAGGCUGACUUCAAGGCCAACCUGAAGACUGUCAAGAAGGAGGAGGAGAAGAGAGAGGAAGUCACUGACUGGCGUAAGAACGUGGAGGCCAUGUCUGGCAUGGAAGGCAGAAAGAAGCUGUUUGAUGCUGCUCAGUAAAGAGGUACAAAGGUUUAGUCAGAUUCAGGGUACCAUGGGAACCUGGGCUCAGAAGACCACCGAGAAGAACAGCAUGGCCAUUGUUCAAAAACAUCACGCUCUAGGGAACAAAAUUUAGUUUGUUCAGUUCCACUUUUCAAUUUAUCCCUGGGUUCUACAGAAAGUUUCCUGUCUUCUAAAUAAGAAACACCACCAAAAUAUUCAAGUGUUGGGGAUUCAAAGUUUUGCUAAAGUUUUUGUUUACAUGUAUGUGUCUUGAUGCACUGUAUUCUGUAGCAUUCAGCAAAUUACAUGUAAAUUGUCCCCUGGAUAUUAAUUCACAUCAGUAUUUUUCAUGCACUAUCUUCCAUGAAGUCUGUAUUUCAGUUACACAUGAGAAAAAAAUAACUACAUGAAAUGACAAUGUUUUUCUGGUGUAUUGUGUUUAAGUGGUGUUUCUGACCGGUUGGUGAACAAAAUAAAUCAAUCAAGUAAA